AUGAUCGGCUUUUUGCUUUUCUUUAACCUCUUGACCCUCGUCUCCGCCCACUUCACGAUCCAGUACCCGACCUGGCGUGGUGAUUCCUUCGCUGAUGGCGCCUCUCAGUGGAUCUGGCCCUGUGCCAACGCCAACCAGACCUUAGCCUCUGAGGUCAACCGCACCACCUGGCCUCUCACUGGCGGCUCCCUCCGAAUGCACGUCUCGCACCCCUGGGCCUUGACCUACAUCAACUUGGGCCUCGCCGUUGGCAGCGGAGGCGACAACGAAGCCACACACUCGAAGCGUCAAGCCACCGAUGGUAACGGGAGUGACACCCUUGCUGCCAACGCGGUCCCCAGCUUCGACACAAGCCUGCUCGCUGUCUUCAACCAGACCGGCAACGGCACCUUCUGCCUGCCCGAAGUGGGACGCGCCGCGCUCGCGGGGCUCGAGGGCGUCAAGGACGGCGUGAACGCCACUAUCCAGGUUAUCCAGAUUGCGCACGGCGGCAACGCGCUCUACAACUGCGCUGACAUAACCUUCUCAUCCAACGCAACGCUCCUGUCCGGCGAUGACUGUGUUAACACCACCAAUGUAGGCGGCUACGACGUCCUUGCAGCGGAGGCUAGCAGCACCAUCAGCAGCAAUGGCACCUCUCCAACGGCUACGAACUCUGGCGCAGUUGCUACGCCGGGCUUAAUGAUGCUUCGAGGCAUGGCUGUCGUGGCUGCCAUUGGCUUGGCCAUUGGCGUCGGGUUCUAA